AUCCAUCACUCCUGUGGCUGUCCAAGGCCAGGGCUGUGUGACCAUCAAUCAUGGCCAAGAACAGCCAAACCACUGCAGGCACGAAAAUCUGUGCCGUUCCCAGGGUUGUUUUCCCUUCAUCAGCCCCACCCCCCCAAGGACUGAAACACAGAGCAAAUAUUUGGCAGGGCAGGCUGAAGUGCUGGCCCUUGGGCUGGGGGCCUUGGUGGGCUCUGGGUCCUUGCAGGGGGCUGUGCUAUCUUGUACAAUAUGAACUUUCUCCAGCAGGUUUCAUGAUUCCAUGUGAGAGCUGGAGGAUCUGGUGGCUUUGCCAUGGAGCAGAGCUCCUGCCAUGGCCACCAGCCCUCCCUGUGCCCCUGAACCACCAGCAGCACCCAGCACGGAGGGCAUUCCACAGAGCUCCAGCUCCACAGCCCACUGUGGGAAGCAGAGGAGGAACACGAAGCACAGAAGUGCCAUUAUUUUGUGUUCCCUCUGGCCAAAGGAGCUGCUAAGGGCAGGUUGGCAUGGCCAGUGGGGACAGUCACAUGGGAACAGGAGCUGGUGGCCCUGGGAACAGGAGCUGGUGGCCCUGGGAACAGGACCUGGUGGCCCUGGCUGCCCUGGCAUCGCUGGGUCCCUGCCCUGGGCAGCGCAGCAGUGCCCCAGUGCCACGGGCUGAGGUGUGAUAGGAGCAGCCACGUCAGCUGAGGGACACAGGAGCUAUAAAAACCUGCUGGCCCCGUGUCCCAGCCACACCGAGCCCACCAUGGCCAACGUGCUGCCUGCCUGCCUGCUGCUGGCCCUGCUGGUGCUGACCCCAGCCCUGCUGGCACACCCAGAGCAACAGCAAGAGCAAGAGCAAGGGCAAGAGCUCACCUUCAGGCUGGACAUUGGGGAGCUGUGCAUGCAGAGUGUGCAGUGCAAGAGCGGCUGCUGCCACCGGGACAGGGGCCUCAGCCUGGCCCGAUGUGCUCCCAGGGCAACUGAGUCCCAGGAGUGCUCUCCAAAGAACCUCCAUGGGGUCUACUACAAGUGUCCCUGCGAGACGGGCUUGUCCUGUGAUGCCAACAGAACCAUCGUGGGCACCAUCACCAACAGGAACUUCGGCGUCUGCAGGGACCCCCAGGACCUCUAGAGCCAGUGGUGAAGAGAGAGCCCCCCCUGUGCCCCUCUGUGCUGCCCCUGCCCCCCUGCCUUUCCCCCUCUCCAGGCAUUCCUGAGUCUGGCUGAGGGAGAAUUUGAAUUAGACCAGCUUCUGCCAAGCUUCAA